CCUCAAGUUCCUAAAUUGUUAGCGACAUAGUUACAAAACCUUGAAGUUUCAAAGAGGUGUUUGAUUGCUGUGAAGGUUGGGUGAUUCUAUGCGUUGGUUGGCUUCAUUUGAUGAGAGAAAAUUGUGGGGAUGCUUGUUUCUGCCAAUUGGCUCUGUUUUCUUUGUUGGGUAUUUCUUUGUUGCUGUGAUUUCCAAGCUUCUGCCACCUUCUCAUGUUCCUCUCAUCUCUGCAUUGCAAAAUGACUGGUACUAUUGCUUCUUGUUGCCAUUGACUCUCCCUAUAAUUGUUGUUGCUGUGUACUUUCAUUGGCUCAGCAUGAAGUUGUUUAAGCAUGCUUAGCAUAACUUUGCCAGAUUUUGAAGGCAGAAAUACAUGGAAGCUGUUGGAGCAACAUCCACCUAUGUCAAUUGUUGUUUUAUUAUAUAUGUCAAUUGCCAUGUUUUAUUAUUAUAUAUCUAUUCAUGUUUUGUUGUAUCUUUGAAGUUACUCGAGACAUAAGGAAAGUUAUGUACAUCAUUUAGUCAUAUUCUAGCAGCAUAAUUGUG